AUGAAUUUUGCAAAUUCCCAAUUGUUUCUUCCACUCUUCUGCCUUUUCUUCGUCGUUUCUCCCUUUCGCGCUUUAGGGCAACAAAAGGAUUGGAACAGCGAAGUCACUCAACAUGGAAAUGGAGUUGGGCGCAGAGUUCUUCUGAGUUUCAAAGAGAAGCCCCCAGGAACUAACGUUACCUUUGAAUGUGCUCCUUCAGGUCCCUGUGUCCCCUGCCUCUACUCUGAGAAGGGUGAUGAGAAAUAUCGCUGCAGUGAGACUGGCUACCGAAUUCCAUUCAAAUGUGUAGAGAUUAAAGAUUCAACAAAGGAUGCAAAGAAAACUAAGUCGCGAAAAGGUAGAUCUUCUUUAGAAGUUUUUGAUGGUACUGCAGAAUCUCAGCAUGUAUCACAUGUUGCUGAAGAGUUCACUCAUUCACAAUCAGAGAGAAGACUAGCGGAGGACUCCUCGUCUUCAGAUAAUAGUUCCCAGGCUUACAUCACUUAUAGAAGCUGUAUAACCCCAGUUAAUGAAGAGAAGUUGUCAGUGCUUAAUUUUGAGGGGGUGGCAAUUUUUUUGCUGCUAAUCAGUGGUUCAAUCAUAUACCUAAGAAAAAAGAAGGCCGCAUCAAUGUCUGGUUAUGUGGCUGGAAGGGGUCAAAACAACUCUCGAUUUUGA